GCACGUGCGGGAUGAGUGGGCCGUCGGCUACCAGGAGCACCUCGCGCAGAAUGCGUUUCGGCUUGGCCUGACGCAGUUCAGCGGCAGCUGGACGGAGAGCAACGCGGCGGAGAUCCGCGAGGCGGUGCAGAUGAUGAGGGACAUCGGAGUGAACAUCAUCGUCUCGCUGAGCUUCGAGGUCGACCUGCUUCCGCUGCUAAGCAGCGCAGAGGACGAGGGCCUGCUGGCAGACAACUUUGUGUGGAUCAUCAUCGAGGGCUCCGGCAGCGCCGCCAACCUAGGCACCAACCCAGAGGCGACGCGCCUGAUGGCCGGCAUGCUCUCCUUUGAGGCCAACCCGGUGCCCGCCUUCGGCUUCCAGCGGCUUGCCAGGCUGUGGAGCAGCCUCGGACCCGACGAUUGCACCCGCGCCGGCGCCGGAGGCAUCUUCGACGUCCCGCCCUCCGUCUUCUCGUCGCCGCCCACGCAGUACGCCGCCUUCGCGUACGACGCCGUCGCCGGGCUCGCCAUGGGCAUGCGCGCGAGCGACAACCCUCACCGGGGCACAGACGUCCUUCGCUCGCUCGCAAGGGUGAGCUUCGACGGCGCAUCCGGGCCUGUCGCCUUCGACGCCCGGCUGGACAGGAACGCUUCGGGGCUCAUCUUCACCUUCUCCCGCUUUUUUACGGAGACGGCUGAUUGGCCCCGCCGGAGGCUGGUUACUGAUACGGAGACGGCUGAUUGCUCGAACGAGCCAGCCUCUCCCGAGCCAGUUUCGUGCAAGAGGCUGGCCCCGCGGAUCUGCAAGAUACUGCCCGGCGAAGCUGCGGCGGUGGACUGGGAAGCGGUCGAGACCGUGCCCCUCCUCUUUCGAGACGGGUCCGCCACGCCGCCCGAAGACGCCCUGCUCGCGCGCGAGCGGGAGCGUGAGGCGGAGCGGCGGCAGCAGCGCCGCCUCAUUAUCCUUCUCACCUCCGUCUUCGGCGCGCUCCUCCUCCUCUUCGUGGCGCUCACCUACCGCGCGAGCCUCUCCGUGCGCAACUUCAAGCGGCGCGAGAUCGCGGCCAAGCAGGUGCUCGAGGCGAUCCGCGGCGUACACCGGCUCGACCACCCGUGCGUGCUGCUGCCGGCGCGCGCCUUUCUGCGGAUGGGGUCACUGCGCGAGCACGAGGCGCUGCGUGCCGAGGGCCAGCUGCUCUUUUACGACUCGCCGCGGCAGCUCGCCGACAAACACGUCGUCUUCUUCUCGCACCAGUGGCUCUCCUUUGGCACGCCCGACCCGCUCGGAGUGCAGUACAGAGUGAUGGCCGCGUCGCUGCGGCGUGUCAUCGCCGACACGGGCUGGGAGGAGGCCAACGUGCAGGUGUGGGUGGACCUGGCCUCGAUCCCCCAGAGCAAGCCCCUGCUCAAGCAGCUGGCCGUGCAGACCAUCGCCUGUUACUGCGCGGCUGCACACGCCUUUGUGAUUUGCGCGCCGACCACGAUUCACGCGGACACGGGCGAGGUGUGCAACGUGCAGUCGUACCAGCGCCGGAUGUGGUGCCGCUGUGAGCAACUGUGCCACGUGCUGCGCAAGGGCACAGGCACGAUGUGGUGCGCGACCACAGAGGACGACUGCAGGCGCCUCGGCGAGCUCGACAGCGAGUGGCUGAUGUCGGUGCUGCGCGUGUUUGAGGGCGACGUGACGGACGAGGGCGACUACCUCUCGAUCGUGCUGCCCAUUCUCGGGUUGUACGCGGAGCUGUACGCCCUGGAGCUCAAGCGGCGCGCGCAGGCGGUGCCGUGGCAGUCCUCGCCCGCCGCGGCAGCCGAGGCGGCGCUGUGUCAAGUGGGCAGCGAGGAGCGGCGCGCCCAGACGCUGCAGCUCGUGCUCAACGAGAUCCGCGGCGCGAAGCGGGGCGAGAUCUUCCCGCCGAAGUUGCGCAUGUCGGCGCAGCGGCUCGCGCAGCUGCCGCUCCGGAAGCGGCUCCUCUCGCGGCUUCCGACACGCGUCUUUGGAGGGUGCUUCGACCCGCGCCGGGACUUGUUUGGCGAGCUGAUCCACCUCGUUGAGCGCGCCAUCGAUCUGGACCCGCAGAUCCUGGACGAGGCCGUCGCGCAGGCGGAGAGCGGGCACGACGUGCAGCGAGUGCAGAAGAAGAUUGAGAGGUCGCUGAGCCGGAGGAGCACCGCCUCGAGCGGCUCGCGGUGGACCCCGACGGUGAUGCGGCGCCUGCCGGCCUUGAAGAGGCCCCCCUCGGACAGGCGCAGCGAGGCAGAGCCGGCGAGGGCGGAGGCCGGCGGCGAGGCUGGAGCGGACGGUGCGAAGUGCUCGCCUGCGGAGACGCGCAGCACCACGUGCUCGCACACCACGGACGACAGCGGCGAGUCGGCCAAGGGCGAGCUCGACGACGCGGACGGUGCAAAGAUGGAGGCGGUGGCAGCGGACGCGAUCCGGGCGAUCCACGCGUACGGCAGAGGCGACGCCGACAGGGCGCGCGCCGGCCCACCCGGACCCAACGUCGAGCUCGGCUUGGUGGUCACCGACCACGCAGCGCUGGUGCGAUCGUGGAGGCUCUCCUUCUCGCCGACUCCCGACCAGGAGGGGCGUAGUCCCGGCGGGGGAGUGCAGACGCCGACCGGCCAGGCCCCCGCCACCGACCACGCGGCGCUGAUGCGGGCGUGGAGGCGCUCAUCCGAGAGGUCACCACCAUACCGGAGCAGUGGGGGGUCGAGCGCGGGCGACGCGAGCGAUGGGACGGCGACCAAGGAGGGGGGAGCAGGAGGAGCCUCUGGGCCGGAGCGGGUGUGACACGGCGGCUCGCACUGUCUGUCUCUCUCUACAAGUGCUUUUGUGACUGAGUUUUCAGUUUUGAGUCGUCAUCUCCGAUCUCGCGGUACGUGAUAGCUUACCCUCUUACGUGUGUGUGUACGUCUCUCCCUCAGUACUCUAAUCCGACAUGGACAUC